AUGGCCGACGACGAAGACUAUCAAGAUAUUGACAAUGACGAGUUCGUCGACGAUAACGACAUGGAGGAUGUGAUCGAGGAGGAUGCCAACAACCAGGAUGAAGACGAUGAGGCUGUCGAGCGUAUCGAUUUGGUGGAUUCGAGCAAGGCCGUGGCUUCGACGGAGCGCGUCACAACGCCAUUCAUGACAAAGUACGAGCGUGCUCGAGUUUUGGGAACUCGGGCUCUUCAAAUCGCGAUGGGUGCUCCGGUGAUGGUUGAAUUGGAAGGAGAAACGGAUCCUCUCGAAAUCGCACGAAAGGAAUUGAAGCAACGCCGAAUCCCGAUCAUCAUUCGCCGAUACCUCCCGGACGGCUCCUACGAGGACUGGUCGAUUGAUCAACUUCAUUUGACCGAUUGAAGCUUGCUGGUAAUGGUGGCGACAAAACAGUUCACCGACACGGAAAUCGACAACUUCGGCAAGGUUCUCAACGACAAAACGCGGCCGUUGAAAGCUCGAUUCCGCUCACUAUUCAUUCUUAGAAACAUUGGAUCGGAUAAAGCUGUGGAAUGGAUCGGAAAAUGCUUGAAUGAUGAAUCCGCAUUGCUAAAGCAUGAACUUGCUUACUGCUUGGGCCAAAUGCAAAACAAAAGUGCAAUCCCCAUUUUGAUACAAGUUUUGGAAGAUUCCAAACAAGAGCCGAUGGUCCGACAUGAAGCCGGCGAAGCGCUUGGAGCGAUCGCAGAUCCGUCAUGCAAGGACAUUUUGCGAAAAUAUUCCAAAGAUGAUUGUGUGGAAGUCGCUGAGACAUGCCAAAUUGCUUUGGAACGAAUCGAAUGGGUUGAGAAGAGCGGAGAAGAUACGAACAGCCCUUAUGAUAGUGUCGAUCCGACUCCAUCGGCUUCCACGCUGGACGUUGAAGCCCUCGCCAAAACUCUUGUCGACACAUCAAAACCGCUGUUUGAGAGAUACAAGGCGAUGUUCGCCCUGAGGAACCUCAACACGGAUCAAUCGGUGAAGGCGCUUGCUCAAGGCCUCUACUGUGAAGAUAGCGCGUUGUUUCGUCACGAGGUCGCCUAUGUUCUUGGCCAGGUUCAAUCGCCAUUGACAAUCCGAGAGCUUAAGGAUCGUCUAUUUCUACCGGAAGAAAACCCAAUGGUGCGUCACGAGUGCGCUGAAGCUCUUGGAGCAAUCGCGACACAGGAAUGCACGGAAAUUCUUCAAAAAUAUGUGAAUGAUGAUGAGAGAGUGGUCCGAGAGAGCUGUGAAGUCGCUCUCGACAUGGCCGAAUAUGAGAAUAGCAAUGAGCUUCAAUACGCUGCCGUCUAG